AUGGCUUUUCCUGCCAGUGACGCCUCUUCGUAUCUCAGCAUCGCUUCUUCUCUCGCCUCUCCUUCUACUCUCUUUGGCGGCAAGCCGUAUCGUCGCCCGUUUCUCGCCCGUCAGGCAGCAUCUCGCCCCUCCGCAGGCCGCAACAGCAUCAGCAUCAUGGACAAGCGGCAUCAGCCCAGCUCAUUCCAGCAGCUGGAGAAGACCGGCGAGAUGGUCGCCCUGAAGGAGAUACACCUUGACUCGGAAGAAGGCACUCCGUCCACCGCGAUCAGGGAGAUCUCGCUCAUGAAGGAGCUCAAGCACGAGAACAUCGUCGGCCUCCACGACGUCAUCCACACCGAGAACAAACUCAUGCUCGUCUUCGAGUACAUGGACAAGGACCUGAAGAAGUACAUGGACGUCCGCGGAGACCGCGGCCAGCUCGACUACGUUACCAUCAAGUCGUUCAUGCACCAGCUUAUGCGGGGCAUCGCCUUCUGCCACGACAACAGAGUCCUGCACCGAGACCUGAAACCGCAGAACCUUCUGAUCAACAACAAGGGCCAGCUGAAACUCGCUGAUUUCGGUCUGGCUCGAGCAUUCGGCAUCCCCGUCAACACCUUCUCCAACGAGGUUGUCACGCUCUGGUACAGGGCGCCGGAUGUGCUCUUGGGCAGCAGGACGUACAACACCAGCAUUGACAUCUGGUCUGCCGGCUGCAUCAUGGCGGAAAUGUAUACUGGUCGCCCGCUCUUCCCCGGCACGACGAACGAGGACCAGCUACAGAAGAUCUUCCGUCUGAUGGGCACCCCGUCCGAGCGAUCGUGGCCCGGAAUAUCGCAGUUCCCCGAAUACAAACCAAACUUCCACGUCUAUGCAACGCAGGAUUUGCGCUUGAUACUGCCGCAGAUUGACCAGCUGGGCCUGGACCUGUUGAGCAGGAUGCUUCAGCUCCGUCCGGAGAUGCGGAUUAGCGCAGCAGAGGCCCUUCGACAUCCUUGGUUCAACGACUUGAACCAGCUGCAGGCUCAGCAGGCUCAGCACCAAGCCCUCCACAACCAUCAGCAGCAGCAGCAACAGCAGCAGGCACAGCAACAACAGGCUCAGAUGGUUGCUGGAUACCCUGCUCCGGGGCUCGUUUCCCAGAACUAUUAA